AGUGAAAAGCAAAACUGGAGAAAUUCUCUUCCCACGUAACCAUACCUGAAUUUAUCCAUUCCAUCCUAACUCUUCAGCAAAAGGUCGAACUUAUCUCAUCUCAUUCGGCAGGUCUCCUACUUUCCUUUCCGGUUUGCUGAAGGUAUCUGGCGAAGAAGUUCUGAGCGGAAUUUCGCCAAUCCAGUUAUCAGAAGGAAGCAAGAUCCAGCUGGAGUUAAAAACCAAGAUAUGAACGCACGAAAGGAGAUCGGGAGAGCAUCUCAGUUCCUGGCGGCGGCGGCGGGGCUGGGAUUGUUCUUCGCAGCGUUCAACUUCGCGGCGUUGUUCGUGCCGCCGAGGAGGGAAGGGAGCAGCGUCGCCGACGACGACGGCCGCAUUAAUUGGUUCACGGGCGAUAGAGAAUUGGCGGCGGCCGCCGGGAAGCGGCCGUUCCACGUGGCGAUGACUGCGAUGGCGGAUCCGUACAGCAGGUGGCAGUGCCGGAUUAUGUAUUACUGGUACAAGCGAGCGAAGGCAGCAGGGGCGGGGGCGGAGGAGAUGGGCGGGUUUACGCGGGUGCUGCACUCCGGCGAGGCCGACGAUCUCAUGGGGGAGAUCCCCACCUUCGUCGUCAACCCCCUCCCUCCGGGCGCCGAUAGGGGUUAUGUUGUCCUUAAUAGACCAUGGGCCUUUGUACAAUGGCUGGAAAGAGCAGAGAUUCAGGAAGAGUACAUACUAAUGGCAGAACCAGAUCACAUAUUUGUGAAGCCUUUGCCGAACUUGGUUCGCGAAGAUCGACCUGUCGCGUAUCCAUUCUUCUACAUAAGACCGGCGAAACAAGAAAAGAUACUAAGGAAGUACUAUCCAGAAGAAAAAGGCCCUGUCACGAACAUCGAUCCUAUCGGAAAUUCUCCUGUAAUAAUCAAAAAGUCCGCGCUGACGAAGAUUGCUCCUACUUGGAUGAACAUGUCACUGGAAAUGAAAAUGGAUAAUAAGACCGACAAAGCUUUCGGAUGGGUUUUAGAAAUGUAUGCCUACGCUGUUGCCAGUGCAUUGCAUGGUGUCCACCAUAUUCUCUACAAAGAUUUUAUGAUACAGCCUCCUUGGGACUUAUCAGUAGGGGAGACAUUUAUUAUUCACUAUACUUAUGGUUGUGACUAUUCACUGAAGGGUGAGCUAACUUAUGGAAAAAUCGGGGAAUGGCGCUUCGACAAAAGAUCGUAUCUUAAAGGCCCGCUACCAAGGAACCUUUCAUUACCACCUCCAGGAGUUCCUGAAAGUGUGGUAACAUUGGUAAAGAUGGUGAACGAGGCUACUGCUAACAUUCCUGGGUGGGAUGAUGAUGAUGAUGAUAAUAGUGAGUUGCGGAGUAAGUUUGAGGAACUAAACGAGUUACAUACCUUAAAACUGAUACAAGAAACGGAAAAGAAUUACAUAUAGGAAAAACAAGAAAAAACAAGUUAAACUAGCUAACCAAACGGAUUUCGACUGGGCUAGUACUGCGAGUUGAAGCAUGCGAGUUAUAAUUGCUCCAUAUUGAGAUGUUUUCGAGGAGUUAUUUUGCUUCAAAUGAGGCUUAAACUACUAUAGAGGAGUUGCAACAGCUUGUAAAGCAAAUAUAUAUGAUCUUGCUUAAACUAUUUUCUGCUCUUGUUAUGUACGUGUAGAGGAGCUACUCUCUUGGUAACUUCUUUAGAUUGAAUUGAAACCUUUUUUU